AGAUUAUAUCAACGAUAGCCUCUGACAGAGAUCAUUCAUCUUGAGUGCCGUCUGAGCCAGGAAUCGUGCGCACCCUAUGUCAAAUAGGUGCACACUCGUUCUCCUUCAGGUGAAUCUCUUUCUGAUGGCGACAGGGUAUUCGCUUCUUCUUCGUGAUGAGCCUUAAAGCCUUGAUAUCCGUUUUUUUUUGGUGAGUGUAAAUUUGCUUGAUUCUUGCACUGAAACCAGCAGUGUGUGUGUGUGUGUGUGUGUGUUGGGUGUUUGAGAGUGAGCGGUUGAACCAGAAUCGUAGAGCUUGUUCUCACUUGCAGAACUGACCAGCCUCAACAUGCUGCUCAAACAAGCCAGGUCCGGGAUGUAUAUUCCCACUUUUACACUAACACAUGCAUUUUGAAAUCAAGCAGGAUUUUAGAGGUGACUGACUUUUGGCAUAAAUGCGAUAAUGUACAGUGCACAGUAUUGUAUUGCAGAGCAGAAAUCGUCUUCAGAGGCUCGAUGGAAGCUCGGCAUGAUGGCGUGCUUGGUAGCCACUGUUUUGGCCCUGCUCCUGAAUUAUCUAGUAUCAUCUGAAGGUGCUCUGUCUCCUCCACUCAACCUGAGUGUGGAGUUGCUGGACUUCAAGGCUUUGGCUCGCUGGCUUCCUGGACGAGGGAACCCAAAAGGAACCAGAUACUCCCUCGAGUUUAUAGACAUUGGCCAUUUCUCAGUGUCACCAUGGUAUCAAGCCAGAGACUGCACGAAUAUCACCUCGACCAAAUGCUACCUGUUCCUCAACCAGAGAAUUCUGACAGAGCAUUUUGUGAGAGUCGCAGCAGAAUGGAAGGAAGAGCAGUCAGAAUGGACGUGCCUGCCACGUAGCUUUCAGCCAUAUGAACACACUAUCCUGAGUGCUCCAAAUUUGACCGUGUCUGUUGAACAACAUUCCAUAUGGAUUUCUCUCAGCCAUCCAGUCCAGUCACUGACAGACGUGCGGAUGAGAUUUUCUGUUGACCUUUAUGAAAUGACCUCUAACAACACAGCAAAGCAUAUUGCACAGAAUAUAACUACAAAGUCAUCCCGCUUUAUAAAUCUGCCAUCUGGGAACUACUGCAUCAAUGCUUCUGCUUUCCUUACAGCGAGGUCCAAAUGCAGCAACAAUGCCACCAUGUGUGUUUUUUUGCAUCAAGAUCACAAAGAAGGAAAAGUAUGGGUGGUAAAUGUGGGUGUCCUUCUACUGCUGUCCAUUCCUGCUGUGAUUGGUUUGAUUAUUAUGUACUGCUACGUGAAGCCAUAUGGCAACAGCUACAUUCCCAAAGUUCUGCAUAUUAGGACCAUUCCAGUUCCUUCUAUAACACUGAACUCUGAGGAACUUCCACUUUCCCGGAUUUGCACAGAUGACUGCAAGGCUGCGCAUGAGGAAGUGGAUGAGAACUCAUCUCAGGGCUACUAUGGGGGAGUCACAAGAAAAGUGGUUAGACGUGGGUCUGUCGAAAAGAUAGAGGAUAGUCUCCUUUCCCAAAUCGUGGACGAGGCAGAUCAGAACGUGCCUCCAGUCCCUGAUUUGUAUAGCACAGCGGCGAAGAUGGAGGAGACCAGUGAAUGUCUAACACAGACGGGAUGUCAUGCUUAUGGCUUGACACCAAGAACCUCAUUCUCAGACAUAAGUCUACCAAGUGCCGCGUAUGGGCAAAAUACGGAGAUCGAAAAUACUUUAGACUCUGAACUAGACAUGUUUGAUGAAGAAAACUCCAGGUCCUCUUAUUAUCCUGAGCAAAAUGACUCAUCUGAAGGAGAGACAGACAGUCCGGAUCCUGAUUUCGAUUUCGGAAGCAACUAUGAGCCCAGACCUGACCCACGCUGGAUGUCCAAUGUAGGUCACAACGUUGAACAAUGAAGUGUACAAUAUUCAAAACUCAUACAUGGUGCUUUUUUGUGCUCAUCUUCACAACCCAGCUAAAGUAUGCAGCUUUGGGUGGAAUACUGGGGUGGUUGAAUACAACAUUUGGACAACCACAACAAUAACAACAACACUGAAAGUGAAACAAUUUGGACUUGACAAAUUAACUGUCACGUUUGUUUUAUAGAUGUUUGGCAACUUUUAAUUAAUGGUGUACAGAACUAUCCGGGCCACAGGCGUGUAGUUAAUGAGUGUAAUAAAUUAUGCACGUCAUAACAAAAGUGCAUAUUUCAUUCAUGUCGAAGUGAUUUAAGGCCAACAUAUCGUACGAAAGUAGCUUUUUGUGAGCAAUUUGUGAGUGCAAAGGUAUGCACAAAAGCUACAUGAGUAAUAGCUCCCCCUUGUGGAGCAUUUUCAGCCUGCUAAACAUUAGCGAAAGUGCGUGUGAAUGAAUUCCAAACUAUAUACAUUAUGUGCUUUAAAAAAAAAAAAAAGUUAGAACAUCUAUAAUGAAGACAGGUCUGAUGUUAUUAUGAAGGAAUGUGAACACUUUAGUAAAAGCUA